AUGCGACCGAAUACACCACUAAACAAACUACCGUUCUAUGUAACUAUACUAUUAGGUGGUUUGAUAAUCCUACUUACAUUGAAAUCAUACACCUCGAAGCUAAAUGGUCCCGAUGUACCGAGUUGUCGAGUAGUUUGGAUGUAUCCAUCCUAUAUAAAAAUCAAUUCAUUUGACCAACUGCAUACUAAAUACGCUUCAAAAUACUCAAUAUACUUAUAUAGAGAACAGGGUAGGGAUAAGCUACCUCCAGAGGGCAGUGGAGAUGACGUUGCUGGCAUGGAAUUGGAAGGAGUACCAGUUUUAUUCAUACCUGGAAAUGCCGGGAAUCAUCGACAAGCAAGAUCCAUCGCAGCAAGAACAUCGGAGCUUUGUGAUGAUUUGAAAAAUGUAAACAAGUGCAAGACUAAGCUUGAUUUUUUCACUAUCGAUUUCAAUGAAGAUUUUACGGCAUUUCAUGGUCGAACUAUACUAGAUCAAGCUGAAUAUGCUAAUGAAGCAGUGAAAUUUAUAUUGGAUUUAUAUUCCACUAGACCCACCCCACCGAAAUCAGUUAUUGUUAUUGGUCAUUCAAUGGGUGGUAUAGUGGCAAGAAUAAUGAUGACGUUAGCUGAUUAUCUUCCUAAUUCAAUUAAAGAUAUCGUGACGUUAAGUUCACCUCAUUCUACAUCACCAUUGACUUUUGAUGGUGAUUUAUCAACCAUUUAUUCGGCGGUGGAUAAGUUUUGGUAUUGCGGAUUCACCAACUGUUCAAUCACCAGCACCACCUCUAAGUUGAAUCUAUUAUCGAGUAUGGCUCAUGAUCGAUUACACAAUGUAGCUUUGAUUUCCAUUACUGGUGGUGCUUUGGAUUCAACUUUACCAGCAGACUAUACAACUUUGGGGUAUCUUGUUCCUAAAACUAAUGGAUUCACUGCAUUCACCACAGGGAUACCUCAAGUUUGGACACCUAUUGAUCAUUUAGCUGUAGUUUGGUGUCAGCAAUUGCGAACAAGAAUUGCAUUAGCUCUACUUGAAUUGACUAGUUUACGUGACACAGCUACCCUUGGAGAUCGGAUGAGAGUUUAUGAACGUUAUUUUCUAACAGGAUUUGAAGAUUAUGCAGUGGAGGAUAAACGUGCACCUGUUGUUUUUAAAAAAGAUGUAUUUGGAAAGGAGAAGGGAGAGAAAAAGAUGGUGGUUACAGUUGAAGAGGAUGUGUUAUAUACGGGGAAGCUACUUAGAUCGCUCAAUGUGUUUAACUUGGACAAGGAUAAAGACUAUCAAUUUACUUUGGUUUCGAGGGUCCCAUUACAAAGCAUCAUAUCGGACAACAAGGAAGCCCAACUAGGAGUAGGGUUGUUUAAUGAAGGAGGAGAUGACAGUAUACUAGACUUGUCUUCAUUACAAGCAACAAUACCCAAUUUUAGCAAAGAUGUGACGGAUGUAUCUGAUUCUUCAUAUGAUGGACCUGAACUGCCAAUGUACAAUUUAGUAUUGAACUCAACCAUAUUGAAACGAUAUUCCAAUAUUGUAAUUACCAAGCCAAAAGAUGAACAACCAGAGUUUUAUUGUCAAUUAUCAACCAAACCUACAAAUUACACAAUGAGUAAUAAUGGAGGUGUUCUCUCAUGGUUUAAAUUUUUCACAGUCGGCCAAUCAAUCAGCUUACCUGCUACUCGUCCAAUAGUAUCAAACUUGAAAAUACCACAGGCAUGGAGUAGUUUAUAUGUUUAUAAAUUGAAAUUCACAGGUAAAGGACAUAGUCAACUUGAAGGAGAAUAUUUCAAUACACUUAUUAGACAAUGGACAGAAGAUCCAUUUGAAAGUAAAUGGUAUAUCAAUAUCAACAGGAAUAGAGAUGAGGGUCUACAAUUAACAAUGCAUGGAAUUGCUCCUUAUGUUCCAUACAAAAUUCAAUCAGAUUACGGAUUAAAUCUACAAAUAUGGUCAGGAAACAAAGAUACAAAACCAUUGGAUAUCAAUGUAUCGAUUGAUAUUGUAGCUAGUUUGAAAUUAUUGAUUUUAAGAUAUAGAAUUACCAUUGUGGGGAUUAAUAUUGCUAUCAUUUGUAUGGUGUUGAUGUUACAAUUAAGUUGGUUCGGUUUUAAUGGCGUAUACCCAUCAUUUGAUCUGACAUUGAGGUAUUUGAAUGUGAAUUACUGGUGGGUUAUAAUGGGGGUGUUAAUCAUACUCAAUUAUAUAAUUAAUAUCCCAUUGGUUAACAAGUUAUUACAUUACAUUGAUCCUGUGGUUUUAACUGAUUAUAACAAGUUUGUCAUAAAUGAAGAAGAAUCAGGAUUCAAGUCAAAUGAAUUGUAUUUGGGAUUAAGUCAGGGCUUAACUAUAAUUGGGGUACUUUUGUACUUGUGCUGUAAUUUCAUCAUUUGGAUAACUUAUGCUGCAUUGAUGCUAUUGGGAACCAUAUUAAACUAUGUUGUGGUGAAGUUAUACCCCAUUAGAUUAAAGAUUAGAUCUAAAGGAGUUAAGUCAGUGUUGAUUAAAUUGCAAAUGUAUUUGAUGGUGUGUGUUUUAUUGUUAAUCCCAUGGUAUUUACCUUAUCAAAUUGUUUAUUUGAUUUGUUGUAUUUAUCAAGCGACUAAUGCGUUGAAGAACUGGCCAAGCGGAACUAAAUCAAUAGAGGUGAGCGGUGAAGAGGAAGAAGAAAAGCCCAAGGCGGAGACAGUAUUCAAUUAUCAAGUGUCUUGGCUAAUAUUGAUGUUAUGGAUAUUACCUAUAAAUGUGCCCAUAUUAAUUGUUUUUAUUCAUAAUUUACAAAUCAAUUGGACUACUCCAUUUAGUAGUCAUCAUAACUUAUUAUCAAUAUUGCCAAUACUAUUGAUGACAUACUAUAAUAGUAAUAUCGUGAAAGAGAAAAGAAGCAAGAAAAAGAUUGGUGGUGGUGAAUUCCCCCAAUUGAGUGGAAAUACGAUUAAGUUAAUUCAACUAAUAUUGGGAUAUAUCAUUUAUUAUUCAUUAUGCUAUGGAAGUAGACAUACAUUCUAUCUCCAUCAUUUGUUUAACUUGUUGUGUUGUUUGAUUUGGAUAGUGUUUUACUCCAACGAGAGUACAAUAGGAGAAGAAGGUACAGGUGAUAAGGAAGGUGGGCUAGAAUUGAAACUAAGCUGA